AUGCAUCGAAUCUAUAGUCAAGAUAUCCCAUCAAUUGAAGUGAAGGCUCGAGCUAAUUCUAAAACAACUUCUGUUAUUAUGGAGGUCCAUGAGGAGCGGCGAUCAUUCUGCACUUGGUUCCAUUCAUUGAAGGUUCAAAUCUGGAUUGCUUGGCUUGGCGUCUCGGCGGGUAUCAUGGCUGGAACUGUGUUCGCCAUCCAAUUUCAAAAUUGGCCCGCUGUGUUCAUGGCAUACGUCUCAAGCGCUGUGGCAACUAUGGUUCUGCAUCUUCACAUGGCAUAUAAGAAAACUCAAAUGGCUGGGUGGUCAAUGACCAAACUCAAAUGCAUCUCGACCGUCGGAGCAACAUUGUCAAUCAUUAGCUUCAUUGCAAUGAUUUAUUGCUUGGUCACUGCCGGAGUCGAGGGACAAACGAUUACACCGGAAGGAUUGAAGGGGCCGAAUCUCUGGAUAACCGCCGUCUGGUUUUUCAUGACGUUCAAGUGGAGUAUGUUCAUGUGGAAGUUCUCCUGGAAAUACCGACUAUUGUGCGAGGAAACCCAACCGUUGCUCCAAUCACCGCCGGAAUACUCUGUCAUUGUAUAG